UUUUCGGCGUAAGAAGAGGAUACACUCGACAACCUUUGCUUGAGGGUUUGGGGAGAAUAUUCCAGAAAGUUUCGUUUUUUUUUUUUGUUUUUUUGGUGCUGCGGACGUCUUAUCGCACCGUUACGCGCAAAAACUCUGGUGAGUGUGGGUCAUGUUUUGAGAGCUGCGUGGCUUUGAGGGCUGUUUUGGAACUAUGCGCGGGCAUCACAACAGAGACGUGACGCAUCUCAGGUUGCUGCUGCUGUGCGCCUGCGUGGCCGUUCUCGUCGCCGGAGCGCACGCGGGUGGGAAGAAGCACAGCGGUCCCUGCGGAGGAAGAGACUGCAGCGGAGGCUGUAAAUGUUUUCCCGAGAAGGGUGCCAGGGGUCAACAUGGGCCCGUUGGUCCCCAAGGCAUCACGGGACCCCCGGGGAGUCCAGGAGAACCAGGCAUCCAAGGGCCAAAGGGGCACAAAGGUGACACUGGACGGCAUGGCAACAUUGGACCCAAAGGAAAUAUGGGAAUGACAGGCGUACCUGGCUUCGCUGGAAAUGAUGGAAUUCCCGGCCACCCAGGACAAGCGGGACCCAGAGGAAAGGCCGGUGCAGAUGGCUGUAACGGGACAGCCGGCGAUUCUGGCAUCCCAGGUCAAAUCGGACGUAAAGGGGCAGCUGGUUUUCCUGGACAAGUGGGCAGGAAGGGGGAGAAGGGCGACACCUUGGAUGUGACCGUGUACAUGCAGAGAUUCAGGGGAGACGCAGGAACACCAGGAGCCAAUGGACUAUUUGGACCCCCUGGUAACCGAGGAUGGCAGGGAAACCCAGGGAUCCCAGGACCAAAGGGUCCACCGGGGGUACCGGGUCCUCGUGGACCAAAGGCCGUGACAAAUGUACUAAAGGGGAUGAAGGGCGACCAGGGUGAUAUUGGACCCCCAGGACUCCCAGGAAACUCCACUUAUCCCCACAGUCAGCCCCCUUUCGGACCCUUGGGCGCUCCUGGACCUAAGGGCUUGAAAGGAGAAGCAGGAGAUCUGGCUGACAACAAAGGCGAAACGGGAAUUACAGGCUUCCCCGGAUCACGCGGUCUACCUGGUGCACCUGGGAGGCCUGGACCAAGGGGAGAUGCGGGGGACCAAGGACCAAUAGGCAGACAGGGUCCAAAGGGAGUGCUAGGCGAAGCCGGGGAAUUGAUUUCAUCUGGAUCAUGGCCCUGGUCCUCAUCAGCUGGUGCCCUUGGUCCACCUGGUGAGCAAGGUCCCCAAGGUGAGAGGGGACCGAUAGGAGAUCAAGGCAUUCCCGGGCCACCAGGACGUACCGCUUCGUACACACAGCAACAAGUGUUUGAUUACGCCGGUCCAUUUGGAAGAAAGGGGGAGCCAGGAGAGAAGGGCCAACAGGGGGAGCAGGGAAGUCCUGCUGUCAGUGCAGGACUGCCAGGCAACCCUGGUCGCCCAGGUUCUCGAGGUCCCCCAGGGCCCAAAGGAUCAUGGGGAGAUUUCUUCAAGGGGUCUCCUGGUGGUAGAGGAAGGCCUGGAAAUGCAGGUUUCAAAGGAGUCAAAGGGGAUCACGGGCAAUGUGAAUGCACCGUGAACAACUCUCCACGGGGGCCAGCCGGGCCCGUUGGUGAUGCUGGAGACCCUGGGAUGACUGGAGAGUUUGGACGGGAAGGGGACACUGGAGACCAGGGCCCCGCGGGAGUGGAUGGAUUGCCAGGAACUGCGGGGCUCAUUGGUGAGCCAGGUCCAAGAGGCAGAAAAGGAGACACAGCUGUGGCGACACUAAAAGGCUAUCGUGGAGACCCUGGGAUUUCAGGGCAAGAUGGUGAACUCGGAAAACAAGGAUUGCCGGGCAGAGUCGGUCUGCCUGGGUUCCCUGGCAGUCGCGGUCUUCCAGGAGACGAUUCCAAAGGAGAGAAAGGAGAAAAAGGUUUCUCUGGUGUACCAGGUCAGGCUGGUGCACCUGGACUUAGAGGAGAGCCAGGGGCGGAGCUUGAGGGUCUCAAAGGGCAGCCCGGUUUACCUGGUGAUGACGGUCUUGAUGGUUAUCCUGGAGUUGCAGGAACACCCGGUAGCCCAGGCGGCUGUAGUCCAGCAGGAGAUGGAGAACAAUGGGAUGUAACAGGUCCUUGUGGGAGUUUCCCAGGCCCUCCUGGACUGCCAGGUUCUCCUGGACCCAGAGGAUUACCUGGUCUCACAGGUCUUCCAGGUGAUAAGGGUCUACCAGGUCUAUUUGGACUAAAGGGAGAUAAAGGAGAAAGAGGAGACUAUGGCCCAGGUGGGCAACCUGGACCACCAGGUUUUUCUGGUCCCCGCGGUGAUUUGGGCGUGCCGGGCAGAAAAGGGUCCGUUGGAUCUCCAGGUGCGCCUGGACUAUCCGGAAGGAUGGGAGCACCCGGGGAUAAAGGUGUCCACGGGGAAGUAUUGGGCGCAUCCCAGGGACCCCCUGGUGACCCAGGACUGUAUGGGCUUCAAGGGAGCAAGGGUUUCAUUGGAGAUCAAGGAGAACCGGGCUAUCCAGGAAUGGGGGGCAUGCCUGGUAUGAUUGGUCCCAAAGGUGGCAUUGGCCUUCCAGGCCCGCAAGGGUUUGAAGGAAGUCCUGGACCACCAGGCAAUUAUGGUUACCCUGGUGAUCCUGGCAAUGCUGGACCACCAGGACCACAGGGUGCUGUCGGACAACCAGGUUUAACUGGUCAAAGGGGAACAGAAGGAGAUCCGGGAGCUCCGGGUCUCUUUGGAAUUAAAGGAUUCCCAGGGGAACCUGGUAACUAUGGGGUUCUUGGGGAGAACGGCUCGCCAGGUAACGCAGGAUUGCCUGGGCCAGAUGGAAAACCAGGACCUCCAGGAAUGAAAGGUUACAAAGGGUCCCCUGGCAUGGCUGGCUUUGGCGGCGUCUCUGGUAAUACAGGCGUUAAAGGAGUCAGUGGGAUAAAAGGAGACCUUGGAUUGCCAGGACAAAUUGGCCCUAAAGGAGUGACAGGCAAAACUGGAGAAAAAGGUGAUCGUGGGUUAAGGGGCCCACCUGGCGAGAAGCCAGAGAUCCCUGCACAGAUGAUAGUCGACAUGAAAGGAACCAAGGGAGAACCUGGGGACCGAGGAAAUCAAGGUUUCGUCGGACCAAGAGGCUCAAAGGGCCUUCCUGGUGUUCCGGGCCGUGAGGGAGGUCAUGGCUUUCCUGGAGAGCCCAGUCAUGAAAAGGGUUUCCAAGGGGAUCCGGGUGCACAGGGUCUACCAGGGUUCAAAGGGAUGCCAGGAUAUAUUGGCAGUCAAGGAAUUUCUGGCUUUGAUGGGAUGACUGGUGAAAAGGGGGUCAAAGGAAGUCCCGGUGCCUAUGGUGCAUCAGGAGACAAGGGCAGGAAGGGAAUCAAAGGUGAGGGCGGCCCUCGCAUCGACAUUCCAGGGGCGACUGGAUUGAGAGGAGAGGUUGGUUCUUCAGGAGACCCAGGUCCGAGAGGAUUACCUGGGGUGGAUGGGGAGAGGGGACUCCCUGGUUUUGAUGGUAUAGAAGGGAAAAGGGGGCAGUCAGGUGAUGCAGGCGAUGUGGGGUUUCCAGGUUUCGAUGGACAGAAAGGAACUCCCGGCAACCAAGGUUAUAAGGGUUUUGCUGGGACACCCGGAAAAGUCGGACAGCCAGGUUUCCCAGGCGUUCCAGGAACAAAAGGCUUCCCUGGUCUCAUUGGUCUUUAUGGAUUAGAUGGACUGAAAGGACAAAAGGGUCUAUCUGGAAUCGCAGGUUUGGAUACUACUGGACCAUCUGGCAACCCAGGAACCAAGGGAGAGAAGGGUGAUGAUGGCAACACCAACAACCAGCCGGGUGUGCCGGGCGUUGCGGGUUCGAAAGGCUUCCAAGGAGAUGUUGGUGACCAAGGUCAGCCUGGACCAUCAGGAACCCGCGGGCCUGUAGGACCUGAUGGGAAACCAGACCGACAAGGACCCCUUGGGGAUAAGGGCAUUCCUGGACCACAGGGAUUCCAAGGUUACCCUGGAACCAGAGGGUUUCCUGGUUUCGAUGCCUCAGCUGGAGAAAAGGGUAUAGCUGGAACGUUUGGGCUUCCCGGAGUCCCCGGUAGGAAAGGGUUCAAAGGAGACCAAGGUUCAGGCGGCUAUAGGGGAACAAAUGGAAUUUCGGGGAAGAAAGGUGAGAAAGGGGAACAAGGUACAAUGGGGACUCCUGGUCAGAUUGGGGUCAAGGGAGAGAGAGGACCAUAUGGCCCCAAAGGAGAUGCUGGACCUCCAGGUUUACGUGGCUUGCCGGGAAACCAGGGUCCACUUGCAGAGCAGAGCAUAGUCCCAGGAGAGAGGGGCCUACCUGGACGACAGGGUAUUCAGGGACCGAGAGGCAUUCAAGGCGAAUCAGGACCAAGGGGACCCCCUGGGGAUGCUGGUUUUAUUGGGCCCAUUGGACAGAAAGGCAUGCCCGGAAUAGGUGGAACACCGGGAACGCCUGGGUUCCGUGGAGAGGCAGGUCAAGUGGGCCACGCUGGUCUGCAAGGCAUGGAAGGUAACCGGGGUAAACCAGGUGUCCCCGGCUUACCUGGUAUGCCCGGCCGCAGUGUUAGCGUGGGUUACUUGCUGGUGAAGCACAGUCAGUCCGAGAAGACUCCCAUGUGCCCCGUGGGCAUGUCAAAGAUAUGGGACGGAUACAGUCUUUUGUACCUGGAAGGCCAGGAAAAGGCUCACAACCAGGACCUUGGUUUGGCUGGCUCCUGCCUUCCUCGCUUCAGCACCAUGCCCUUCUUGUACUGCAACCCCGGCGACAUCUGCUAUUACGCCAGCAGGAAUGACAAGUCCUACUGGCUGUCCACCACCGCCCCCCUGCCCAUGAUGCCCGUGGAGGAGGGCGAGAUCAAACCCUACAUUAGCCGCUGCUCGGUUUGCGAGGCCCCGUCGGUCGCCAUCGCCGUGCACAGCCAGGACAUCACCAUUCCGCAGUGCCCCGCUGGAUGGCGCAGCCUGUGGAUUGGCUACUCCUUCCUCAUGCACACGGCAGCAGGAAAUGAAGGCGGGGGUCAGUCGCUGUCAUCGCCCGGAUCGUGUCUGGAAGACUUCCGGACGUCGCCGUUCAUCGAGUGCAACGGCGCCAAGGGCACGUGUCAUUACUUCGCCAACAAGCACAGCUUCUGGCUCACCUCCAUCGAUCAGUCUUUCCACGCCGAACCGGCAUCAGAGACGCUCAAAGCGGGCCAGCUCCUGUCGCGCAUCAGCCGCUGCCAAGUCUGCAUGAAGAACUUGUGAAAGGAGAUUCCAUGUGUAAUUUUGGCCACAAAGCUCAUAUACGCAGUGACUGUUUGGUGCCUUGAGAAACAAGUAUGUUCGUUCUAAAUGUGUAAUGGUGCUUACUGUUUUAACUUAUUACCUCAGGCAAUCACACAGAGACUGUUCAUUGCUACUAUUGCACUGCAUCCAACCUUAUCUUUAAGCCACUAACUCUUCUUGUCCACCAGGCUUUCACUAUUAUUAUGCUUUUUGAUGACUUCUGACGAGUCGUUUCCAUGUCAUAUGCACUUCUAUUACCUGUAACGUUCAUUGCAACCCACAGAACGCACUGAUUCUAUUUUUGAGGUUAAGCGUCUGCAGUACAUGAACUUGAGUGCAGCGAAAUGUAUUUUCAGGUUCACUUUCCACUUGACAAAUACGCUAAUGAUUAAUUCACCUGCCCGGCGGAUAGAACAUAAACAGCCUGGAUCCAAGGUCCUUGGGUAACCUUGUCCCUAUCCUUGGGUAACCUUGUCCUUAUCAGGAGACUUUGUCGUUUUUAUGAAGCCAUCCAAGGACAGGGAUGGGCAACUGCAGGGCAACUUGAUUAGUUUUCACCAACUCAAAAUUUUUAAUCUACAAAAGUAGACCCCCAGAUUGGAUUUUUAUUUUUAUUUUUUUGUCUUUCAUUGGGAGGAUGGGUGCAACCUCCAAUUUUUGGUGGAAAACAGAUUAUCAGCGGUUUGGGGCAUGACAAAAGAAGAAAUUGUUUUUGCAUUUUCAUCGGAUUUCAAUGGCCGUCACUUAUAUGCGGAUUUUUGCUGUUCGUAAACUGAUCCAAUGACCGCUGAAGAACCAUAUUCCGUUUAUGAACAAAUUUGAUGCAAAGAUUGAAAAUGUGUUCUCUUUUCUAAGUUAUGAGCACUGAUGGGUUAACUGUUUUUGUGUAUGGUAGGUCAGCUCAAGUCCUCCGUAUAAGGCACGGUCCAUUUCAUCCCAGUUUGGAAACACACCACAUAAUACUUGUUCAAAACAACACUUAUUCAUUGAACUACAUCAUUAUUGCAUUAUAAAAGAUUAAAUGUUGUUUCUAAAA